CUGUUAUCAUCUGGGGCCUGCUGAAAGGUGUUAUAUGAGUGCAAAGUGUUGUUAUUACCAUGGGUGGAUUUGCUUGGGAGGGUUUGGAUCUGGAGUUUGGGGGUUGGUCCCAUGGCUAGGCGAGGCUGCUCCACAUGCAGUGUUCCACAAAGCCGCCAGUGUUCAGACGCUGAGUUUACACCUGGGAGGAAUGUUUAGUCGCUUGGUUUUGACAUGCUGUGAACUGCUGGCUGCGGGGUGAGGCUUUGCUGGAUGAAGAUUCCAGAGUGGAAUAUGUGGCAUUACACCAUUAUUAAUCGGCCUCUGAACAGCCCGUCCAAUGCAGGCACGCCCAGGGCUGCUGCCUGCCCACACAGCAUACUUGGCACACCUAAAUCUCUGAGCUAAGGUUUCAGAUGUUGUAGCCUUAGGGGACAGAUUCUCCUUCAUUGUUCUCUCUACAUUAAGGGCAAGAUCCUCAGCCCGAGCGAACAGGUAUAGCCGCAGCGAAGCCAAUGGAGCGAAGCCAGCGUACACCAGCUGAGGAUCUGGAUCUAAGAGUCAAAAUAAUUUUUUAACAGCCAGUGUUCUGGUGCAACAGCUUUAGCAGCUGGAGACCAGGUGUUUAUUGGGGUGGUUGUUUCAGUGAGGUUAAGGGCCUCAUCUGAGUUCCAUCAAUAUUCAUGGGGCUUGGCUCUCACCCUAAAAGGAGGGUGUCAGAAGGGAGAAUGAUAUGGCUCUGGGGGAUUGGCAAACCAACACACAGCUUUCUGCCUCUCUGCAUCUGUUCAAAUGCAGCAUGCAGAGGCAGUGCCUGAAAGCAGCUACUCUCCAAGCAGCAGGGUGGCUUCUUGUGUGCAAUGAGUUGGUGGGUCUCAAUCCAGCUCUGAUUGAAUUAGUAUUUGCCCGACACUGGGCAGUUUUAUCAGAGCAGCUCAGAACUAAAUGAGGCCUCGGUGCUAUCCCACACCCUUCAACAGCAAUUUGAAAAGCAAAGGCUGUGAUACUGGUUUCAGUGUAAAUCAGGAGUGACUCUGUUCAUCUAAAUCUGGUGUAAAUGAGAUCAGAAUUGGAUCCAAAACAGGGAAGGAUGUGGUUGAGGGACUAGACUGGGCUUUGGGAGAUCUGGGUUCUAAUCCUGGCGUGUUAGAUGCUGAGCUCCUUUGGAAAUCUGGCCACCUAUUUAAGUGGCUAAAUGGGAACUGAGCUACUUUGAAAACAUGGCCCUUAAUUUCUCUGUGCCUCAAAUCCUCAUCUGUAAAAUGGGGCUGACGAUGAUAACCCCCAAACUCUUGUCAGGAUAUGUGCCCUCCAGGUAAACAUCUGAGCUGCUCAGAAUCAUUCUGGAUUAUAAUUAUCUACAUGAACGUUAGUUGUGAAACUGUGUCACUGUCCUCAGAUGUUCCUAAAGCUGAAGUGUAUAUUCAUAGAUCUGAGUCCACUUGCUGGCUAAGUGUAGGGCUUUUCACAUGCAUUACAGUGCAGAAGGACUUCUGUCUCAGGCUGUGCAUGCUGUCUAGGGAGUGUGUAAUGAGUUACACAGUAAAUGGGUGUGUACGUCUGAAGAUUCCUGAAUCACCUCCCUUUAUCAUUGCUGCACCCACCCCACAGGAACUUCCUUCCUCAGGUGAGGCUGCAUUUAAAAGCAGAGAGUGAAAGGAGACAGCCCAUGAGGACUCAGGUGAGAAUUCAUAUCAGCUGCUCGAUAACGGGGGAAGAGGAAAGAAAAGUCUAGCCCCUGAGCCAGGUGAGUCCUCAGAAGUAUGGAAUCUCCCCCCCGGCCCCUUGUAUGGACGUGUUUCAUUCUCCUGGCUUUGCCACGACUCCUGGAUGCACAGGGCUCCUGUUCCUAUGGUGCCUGCUACCCACCUGCGGGAGACCUGCUGGUAGGAAGAAUCCAUCACUUGAAAGCCUCGUCGACAUGUGGCCUUGUGAAGCCUGAGACCUACUGCACAUCGUAUGAGGAAUGGAGGAUGAAAUGCUGCCGAUGCGAUUCCCGACUGCCUCAUGCUUACAACAGUCACCGGGUGGAGAACAUGCUUUCCUCCAAAGGACACAUGCGCUGGUGGCAGUCCCAGAAUGAUGUGAACCAGGUCUCCUUGCAGCUGGAUCUCGACAAAAAGUUCCAGCUCAGCAGCAUCUUGCUGGACUUCAGGGCGCCUCUGCCUGUGGGGAUGCUUAUCGAGCGCUCCAUCGACUUUGGUGAGACCUGGAUGAUCUAUCAGUACCUGGCCUCUGACUGCGCCUCCACCUUUCCACGGAUCCCCCAAGGCUCCCCCCAGAGCUGGCAGGACGUGCGCUGUCAGGAACUGCAGAGCCACCAGGGGCACCCUCUGCAUGGGGGGAAGGUCAAAUUCAACCCCCUUGACCUGGCAUCUGGCAUCACCACAUCUCACAGCCAAAGCAUCAGUCACCUGGGAGAAUUCACCAACCUGAGAGUUAACUUCACCCAGCUGCCUCGCCUCCCACAGCAGGGCUACCGCUCACCCAGUGCCUUCUAUGCUGUGACCGAAAUGCAAGUGCAGGGAAGCUGCUUCUGCCAUGGACACGCAGACCGCUGUACUCCCUCCAGAGACCCCAAUGCCGUGAUGCAGGUUCACGGACACUGUGUGUGUCAGCACAACACCGCUGGCCCACACUGUGAUCGCUGUGCAGCUUUCUACAAUGACCAGCCUUGGAGACCGGCAGAGGACCGCAACCCCAAUGAAUGCCGGAGGUGCAAUUGCAAUGGUCACUCGGAGACAUGUCAUUUUGACCCAGCUGCGUACCAAGCCAGCGGUGGGGUGAGUGGAGGUGUGUGCGACGACUGUCAGCACAACACAGCGGGGAGGAACUGCGAAAGCUGCAAGGCCUACUUUUUCCGCAACAAGCGGCAAGAUGUCACCCAUCCGGAAGCCUGUCUGCCUUGCGAGUGUGACCCGGACGGCACGGUGCCUGGGUCCAGCUGUGACCCUCUGACCGGACGCUGCGUUUGCAAGGAGAACGUGCAAGGGGACCGCUGCCAUCUCUGCAAGCCUGGAUUCACCCAGCUCACCAAUGCCAACCCCCUGGGAUGCCACAAGUGUGCCUGCAGCAUCCUGGGGACCCGCCAGGACGCACCCUGCGACGACGAAACAGGGAGGUGCUUCUGCCUGCCCAACGUGGUGGGAGCCAAUUGCGAUCAGUGCUCUGCCAAUCACUGGAAGAUCGCCAGCGGCCAAGGCUGUCAGCCGUGCAACUGCGACCCUCGCAACUCCUUCAGCCCACAGUGUAACCAGUUCACAGGGCAGUGUCAGUGCCAGGAAGGCUUCGUGGGGCGUACCUGCUCCGCUGCCCAGCUGCGGGUUUGUCCAGAUGGGUCCUAUGGUGACGUCAGGACAGGAUGCAGAGAGUGUGACUGCAAUUUCCAGGGCACGGAGGGGAUGGGGUGUGACAAGACCACAGGCAGCUGUCUCUGCCGCCCUGGCUUUACCGGGCCUCACUGCGACCAGUGCCAGCGGGGUUACUGCAGCAACUAUCCCCUCUGCGAGACGUGCCACCCCUGCUUCCAGGCCUACGACAGCGACAUUCGCCGGUUCGGCCUGCGCCAAGUCAGCCUGAGAAAUUCCACCUCACGACUGCAGCUGGGAACGGGGGGCGCUGGCUUCAGCACUCGCGUCUUGGAAGCAGAAGGCAAUGUUCAGCAGAUUCAGGGGAUCCUCGGCAACCCCCUAGUGACGCAGCAGGGCCUGGGUCAGGUGUCCAGCAUGCUCACUGCAAUCAGACAGCAGGUCCAGGGCAUAAAUCCUGACCUACCCUUUGUGAAUGACACCUUCUCUCUAGCCAAUGAUCUUGAAGCCCUGGACAAGAGCCUGCUUUUCGUUAAUGGGCAGUACCAGAUUAAGAAGACCCAGUUUGAAGCCAGCCGCCACACAGACCUUUCAGGAGCCUUCAAGACUGUCAGCUCUGCGUACCAGAGCUCCACCAACGCCAGCUACCGCAUAACGGGCACUUCCAGCUUGCUGGCUCAAUCCAGAGAGAACCGGAGAAUGACUGAGGGGCUGGAAAGCAGCUUUACAGACCACCCGUCCAGGCUGGAGGCCCUCCAGGGCGAGAUGGCCUCCUUCCCCAACUUGACACCAACUAUAAAUAAGAUUUGCAGUGGCAUCAGAUCCAAGGCCUGUACCCCUGGGCACUGUGACGGGGAGCUGUGUCCACAGGACAGCACAACGGGGUGCGGAACGGGCCUCAGCUGCAGAGGGAUCAUUCCGCUGUCAAGUGGCGCAGUCAGAACUGCUGAGAAGACCACCAGAGAGCUCGAUGGCAUAAAGACUCAGCUCCAGCGGACCAUGCAGAUGAUCAGGGCAGCAGAAACAGCUGCAAACCAAAUCCAAAGCAACGCACGACGUCUCGGGGACCAAGUGAGUGUAACCAGGACCCAGAUAGAAGGAGACGUCCGACGCAUCCAGCAAUUCAUCCAGCAAGUCCGCAACUUCCUGUCAGACCCAGCCACCGACCCUGCCACCAUCCAGGAGGUCAGCGACUAUGUGCUCUCGCUCCGCCUCCCAACGGACACUGCUGCCGUCCUGAGGAAAAUGACUGAGAUCCGAAACCUGGCUGCUAAGCUGCAGUGUCCUGAGAGCAUCCUCACCCAAACAGCUGGUGAUAUCGCUAAGGCCAAGAGGCUUCAGCAAGAGGCUGAACAGGCAAGGAACCGAGCAAAUGCUGUAGAGGGCAACAUGGAAGAAGUGGUGGAGAAUUUGAGACAAGCAAACACAGUGCUCCAGGAAGCCCAGCAUACUAUUAGUGGCUCUAGCUAUUCCCUUCGGCUCAUCCAACUCCGCAUUGAUGAGAUCCAGGCUGUCCUUGGUCCAACGGAGAAGAGUAUGAGAGACAUUACUGGUCAGCUGGACAACUUCACCGAGAGAAUCAGCCAACUGCGGCACAGGGCGGAGCAGAAUCAGUUGCAGGCCACAGAUGCUCAGCAGAGAGCAAAAGAAGCCAUUGAGCAAGCAAGGAGCACUCAGCAGGGAUUUGAACAGGUAAAACAAAAAUAUGAUGAGCUGAAGAGGCGGAUGGGACAGAGUUCGACACUGGGAGUGCAGGGCAGCAGGAUCCAAAGUAUCGACAGGGAGGCAAAAGCGCUCUUUGAAGAAACCUGGGCUAUGAUGCUCAGGAUGGAAAGUAUAGAAAUGGAAAUUCAGAAAAGCAACAAUGCAUUAAUCAUCAAGUCAGCCAGCCUUGCAGGCCUGGAGGAGCAAGUGGAAAAGAUCAGCAGUCAUAUCCAUGAAAGAAUCGCCUACUACACCGGUUGCUAAUCAAUCAAUGAGCUGCUGGGACUCCAUCUUGCCCUGUAAUUGCAGAGUCUGCCUUCUGUUCAAACACUGACUGGGAUAGCUAAUCCCCUCUCAUAGAAUUUUCUUGUUCUCACACUUAGUGUCUUUGGUAACAGAACUACUGUAGCUUUAGAAAAUGCUAGCAUGGAGCCCAAAAGGACAAAAAUGCCUCUGGAGAGAAUGAAUGUCAUAUGGCCUGGCUGAAGCAACCCUGGGGGGCUCUAGGAAAGGGGGAAGAUAUAACUAAUGAAAAAAGCCUUUUGGAAGGAGUUAUUUCUGUAUGAGGUUUGUUAAUGUGACAGGGGAUGUUUAUUUGUUUUAGCACCUGGAUUUUACCUUUUGAAUGAAAAAGACCAGAGUUGAGGUUUAACUUUUCUGGUACAGUGCAUUUAGUUCUUCUAAGGGAGUCAUAAGAGGAGCAGAACUAAGGCUACAGAUAAAUAUAAGACCAGGCCCAGGAGCAGAUAACUGAAUAAGCCAUAUUUAUACAAACAUAAGAGCAGUGGUGCUCUCAGGUGGAGUUAGAUACCGUCCGCUUGGACUUAGACAAUAUGUUGCAAACUGAAGACUGUAGGGAACAGGUCUGCAUUUGCAGUGGGAGGUUUAAGAGACCACUUCCUUGUCUAACCACCAGGCACUUUACAAAAUAAAAGUCAGCUUUAUUAAGCAUAGUGUUUAUUACACAAUUACAGAUGUGGAAGCAGGGAAUUCAGACCUCACUUUGAUCAGAUAGGUGGAGGAUGGUAGCAAGUUCUCUCUUUUCACAGCUUGAGGAAAACUACACACCCAAGAGAGGCAAUUGAUAUUGGACUUCAACAUGCUGGAGCUCAGGAGUAAGCAGCAAACCUAGCAGAGAGGUAUAGACUAAACAAAUACCAUUGGCUUUGCUUUAAAAGAAUUAUACUGUGCAGCAUGUUUGUUACACAUUGAACAACUACACAAUCUCUACAAAGAACAAAGAUACAGCCUUGUGCAAGGACGUGUGUGUCAUAUAGAUGGAAGGUGCUAGCAGAAGCCUCAUGUGCUUACACCUCCCUUCUCUCAAGCAACUGCUCCAUGUUCUCAUGAGACAGAUACUCUUCAAGGUUGUUGCUUUGAAGGAUUACUUCGGAGUAAAAAGUGUGCAGCUCUCCACCACAUGGCUGCUCUCCUCUGAGAAAAUGGCUCUCUGUCUGCUUCUGCCAGGAUUCAGUCUCCCCUCCUCGUGCUAGUGCUGUCUGGCUGUGAAGUGCAGAAAUCAGUAAAUCAGCCCUUCUGGAAUGGGAGAGAGUUCAAUGUCACUGUUAGAAUUGUUUCAGUGGACAGUUCCUGCAGCCUGUGUUUCUUUAACUUACAGCACCAGGGCUAGCUUGGUUCCAUUAAUCUGCAGCUUAUAAAGGAUUACUAAGUGAUUAAUCAAUUGGAAUGGACUCCAACAGGUUGAUAACUUUCUGCUGAUGUGCAUAAAGCUACUGGUAACUUGUUGCUCAUGUCUGUAUAUCUAUUAGCCUUUUAUAGAGAAUUUGGAACUGUACUAUAAAGCAAGACUGACUUCUCC